AUGGGCAAACCAGUCGAAGAGUUGGCUGCCCUCCCUGGUGACGGCUUGCCUUGGUACAAGCAUGCCCAUUUGCGGAAGCUUAACUUCAUCACCUUGUCAAUGGUCUUGUUUUCCUCUGCCAACGGAUACGAUGGAUCUAUCAUGGGCGGCCUCCUGGCCUUGCCGAGAUGGAACACUUUCAUGGAAAACCCUUCGGGUGCAUAUCUUGGUUGGAUCACAGGUAUCUACUGGCUCGGCAACGGGAUCGCUUUCCCUAUUGCCGCUUGGUCAUCGGGUCGCUAUGGCCGCAAGCCAGGCAUCUACCUUGGCUACCUCUUCCUCGUUCUGGGUGUUGUAAUGCAGACGGCAGCUCAGAACGAAGUGACCUUUACAUACUCUCGUCUGUUCAUCGGUAUUGCGGCCUCUUGGCUCGGUAACUCGGCCCCUCUGCUUAUCAACGAGAUCGCGCAUCCGAAGCAGCGAUCCAUUGCGAACGCUUUGUUUAUGGUUGGAUGGUAUUUUGGAGGUACCCUCUGCGGCUGGGUAACCUUUGCCUGCCGCGAUAUUGCCUCGGACUGGUGUUGGCGUAUCCCGGUCGUCAUACAGAUUGUUCUACCCUUCGUGGCACUGCCCGGCUUCCUGUUAGCGCCAGAGAGUCCCCGUUGGCUGAUCAGCGUGGGACGCGUCGAAGAGGCCACCGAAAUCCUUGCGAAGCACCACGCCGGCGGCGACAGGAACGACUCUCUUGUGACCUACCAGGUCGUCGAGAUUCAGGCAACCAUUAACGCAGAGAAGGAAGCUUCCUCUAGCGCCUCGUAUGCGGAUAUGAUCAAGACUCCCGGAAACCGCCACCGACUCUUCAUUUCCAUCAGUCUUGGUAUCUUUGCACAGUGGGCGGGUAACGGAGUUGUCUCGUACUACUUGCCCCUCAUCCUGGACUCCAUCGGAGUUGAAUCGGUUACGGAUCAGACUUUGAUAUCGGCUUGCUUGAACGUCUGGAACCUGUUGUGGGCAAUUGCUGCUGCAACUAGCGUAGACAGAUUGGGUCGCCGUUUUCUGUUCUUGACCUCCGCCAGUGUUAUGUUGGUCAGCUUUAUCAUAAUCACUGGUCUGAGUGGCUCGUUCGCAGAGUCCGGAUCGGCAAGUAUGGGACUGGCGGUAAUCCCGUUCUUGUUCAUCUUCUUUGCCGGCUAUGACAUCGCAAUGACCCCGUUCCUAACGGCCUAUCCUUGCGAGAUCUGGCAGUUUGGUCUUCGCUCUCGCGGUCUCACUGUUACGUGGUGCUCUACAGUCAUUGCCAUCUUCAUCAACACCUUUGUCAACCCAAUUGCCCUGGAAGCCAUUCACUGGAAGUACUACAUCGUCUUCAUUGUAAUGCUUUCUCUUCUUUGGAUUACCGUAUUCUUUACCUACCCCGAAACCCGCGGUCACACUUUGGAGCAAAUGGCUGUCAUCUUCGACGGCGAUGACGCUGCCGCUCCUCCCCCUGCAGCUGUGAGCGAGAAGACAGAGGCUUUGGUUUCUCACGGGGAAGAUGAGGAGAAGAGACAGUAUCAGAGUGAUGCUGAACAUCGAGUCUAA